GAAGUAAGAUGGCGGCGUCUAGUGUUAAUCCGUUCCUCAGUGACUCGGAUGAAGAAUCCGACAGAAAAUCGCGGAAAAUCAAGGAGGUCGGCGCCCCGGGCCCGCCGACUCCCGCCGCACACGUUCACUCGCUGCCCCUGUCGCCUCAGCAAGAGGCGGGCUACGGUUUCAGCGGCGGCGGGGCGAGGGAGACGGCGGCCGGGCUGCCGCUGGGGGCAGAACUGCCUCGCGUUCCCCUGGAUACCAUCGCGGCCCAGCUGCUGCGGGACCAGUACAUCCUCACCGCCCUGGAGUUCCACACCGAGCUGCAGGAGGCCGGCAGGGAGCUGCCCCGGCUCCGCGAUUACUUCUCCAACCCCGGCAACUUCGAGAGGCACACGUCCACCCCCCCUAAGGACCUGGCUCCCGCCCCCGGGCAACUCAAUCGAGCUGGCAGUAUAAGCACCUUAGAUUCUUUGGAAUUUGCUCGGUAUUCUGAUGAUGGAAAUCGGGAGACUGAUGAACGGGUGGCAGUCCUGGAAUUUGAACUACGGAAAGCCAAGGAGACCAUUCAGUCCCUUCGUGCCAACCUGACACAAGCUGCAGCCUUCACAGAAAGUGAUGUUCCUUUACAGGAACGGAAAAAUUAUAAAUCCAGCCCUGAAGUUCAGGAAGCUGUUAAACCUCUUGAGAAAAGAGCAUUAAAUUUCCUAGUGAAUGAAUAUUUAUUGAAGAUUAAUUACAAACUCACCUCAAUAACCUUUUCGGAUGAAAAUGAUGACCAGGAUUUUGAAUUGUGGGAUGAUGUUGGGUUGAACAUUCCAAAGCCUCCAGACUUGUUGCAAAUGUAUCGGGAGUAUGGAAGCCAUGCAACCGCAUCAAAAGAAAUGAAAGACGUGGCUGUUGGAGUGGAGCCAAACGAAUUGCAAGUUCUACCAAAUGUCGAAGAAUUAGCUACUUUGCAACAACCACAGUUAGAACAAGCAAAAAUAGUGCAAGAGCUCCAAGAUCAACUUAGUGUGUUAAACUAUGAGAACACAUCCCUUGCAACACAAAUCAGACAGCUUAAGAGUGAAAUAGAAGCUCUCAAGCAACAAAACUUUGCUGCUGUAGCUACUACCACUGAUAGCACGAUGCUUCCUCCGGUCACGACUGAACAAGUGCUUCAGAAUAGGCCAAUAGAUAGCGGGGAAUAUCUGGACAUCCGAAGUUUUGAAAGCUGUAGCGAAGAAAAGGAGAUCUCCACUUCUUGCCCAAUAGACACUAACACAAAUUCUACAAGUCUUGCUGUCACUUCUGUCACAGUAACAACACUAACGCCACAUAAGAAAGAAACUGAACUGGCAACAGUUCGUUCUCAGUCAGCUCGUGGGCCGGUACAGUUCGAUAAACCAAACAGGACAUUAUCACCUGCAUUUCAUCAAGCAUUGCUAUCUUUUUGUCGUAUGGCAACUGACAGUCGCUUGGGAGCAGAGGUUUCUCGAAUCGCAGAUAGUGAACAAUGUGUGAUGCUGAUGCUGGGGCGAUGUCUACCACACAUAGUGCCAAACGUGCUACUAGCAAAACGAGAAAAAAUGGUUGUACAUCUCUGCCAGGAGUUAAUUCCUCUAAUCUUGUGUACAGCUUGCCUCCAUCCGGAACCUAAGGAGAGGGAUCAGCUUCUACACAUUCUUUUCAACCUAAUUAAACGUCCUGAUGAUGAACAAAGGCAGAUGAUCCUAACAGGCUGUGUAGCUUUCGCUCGGCACGUUGGACCAACUCGUGUUGAAGCUGAACUUUUACCACAGUGCUGGGAACAGAUCAAUCACAAGUAUCCAGAAAGGAGAUUGCUAGUGGCUGAAGCCUGUGGAGCACUUGCACCCUACUUGCCUAAAGAAAUUCGCAGUUCACUGGUGCUUUCAAUGCUGCAGCAGAUGUUGACAGAGGAUAAGGCAGAUCUUGUACGAGAGGCAGUCAUUAAAAGCCUUGGUAUUAUUAUGGCAUACAUUGAUGAUCCUGAUAAAUAUUUGCAGGGUUUUGAACUACAAAUGUCUGCCUUAAAUGACCCCUCAGAGAGGGUAAUUAAUGCUACACAUCAAGUUUUCCUGCCAGCUUUUGCAGCAUGGACCACAGAACUGGGUAAACUCCAGUCUCAUCUCAUUCCGACUCUGCUAAGCAACAUUGAAAAAAUACUCAGGGAUGGAGAGCAUGGACUUGAUGAGCAUAAGCUCCACCUACAUCUUUCAGCCAUGCAAUCACUGAUUCCACCGCUCUUUGCACUCGUAUUGAAAAAUGCACCUUUCGCAAGCAAAGCAAAGCUUCAGGGAGAGGUGCCGCAGAUAGAGGUGACCAGAUUCCCUCGACCAGCUUCCCCUCUUCAAGAUGUGGCGACAAUCAUUGGAAGCAGAGAACAGUUAUCAGUGCUAUUGCAACUUUAUGAUAAUCAGCUAGAAUAUGAAGGCACAACUGGCUGGGAGAACCUUCUGUGGGUCGUCAACCAGCUAUUACCGCACUUAAUAGAAACCGUUGGUAAAAUUAAUGUUACUUCCACGUCCUGUGUCCAUGAUUUCUCCCGGUAUUUCUGGAGGCUGUGUCGGACAUUUGGUAAAAUUUUCACAAAUACAAAGGUGAAGCCACAGUUCCAAGAAAUACUGAGGCUAUCAGAAGAAGCUGUUGAUGUAUCUGCUACAGCUGGCAAUGGGGUGCUAACAAAGGCAACAGUUCCCAUAUAUGCAACUGGAGUACUCACUUGUUACAAUCAGGAAGAAGACCGGAAACUCUUGGUGGGAUUUUUGGAAGAUGUAAUGACCACACUUUCAUUAUCUCAUGCACCCCUUGAUAGUCUGAAGGCUUCAUUUGUAGAACUAGGGGCAAACCCAGCAUACCACGAACUACUAUUAACAGUGCUGUGGUAUGGAGUCGUACACACUUCAGCACUUGUUAGAUGCACUGCUGCUAGAAUGUUUGAGCUGUUGGUGAAGGGGGUGAAUGAAACUCUGGUAGCUCAGAGAGUUGUCCCUGCACUUAUCACUCUCUCCAGUGACCCUGAAAUCUCCGUACGAAUAGCUACAAUACCUGCUUUUGGCACCAUCAUGGAAACAGUAACCCAGAGAGAGCUGUUGGAAAGAGUCAAGAUGCAAUUGGCUUCAUUUCUUGAAGAUCCACAGUACCAUGAUCAACACUCUCUGCACAUGGAAAUAAUCAAGACUUUUGGAAGAGUUGGGCCAAAUGCUGAACCAAGAUUUAGGGAUGAGUUUGUUCUCCCCAACCUACACAAGUUGGCCAUCUCUAACAACCAACAAGCAGUUGACACAAAAAGACUGGACAUUGCCAUUCAACUCUUUGAAGCCUACAGUGCUCUGUCCUGUUGCUUUAUUUCAGAAGAACUGAUGGUAUGCCAUUUUCUCCCUGGCCUAAAGUGUUUGCGAAUAGAUAUGGAGCACCUCUCACCAGAGCAUGAGGUUAUCCUGAGCUCCAUGAUUAAGGAAUGUGAACUCAAGGUGGAAAACAGGAGUGUCCAAGAGCCUCAGAGCUCGAUGUCUAUUGCUGCAAGUCUCGUCAGUGAGGACACAAAGACGAGAUUCUUGAACAAAAUGGGUCAGCUGUCCACUUCAGGUGCAAUGUUGGCGAACGUGUUCCAGCGGAAGAAGUGAUUUGAAGGAAGUCUGUCCACUUACACUAAACUGACCUCUUACGGGUCAAAAUCUUGUACUUGAAGUAAAUUUUCUGCCUUUUUAAAAAAUAUUUUGUUCUAGUUAAUUAUUUUAUUCUAACUUCCAAAGAUAUUUGCACUUAAUAUUUUUGUGUGUAUAUUGCUGUUUCUUGUGUGAUGGGUGUAAAGAUGAUAGUGUCGGUGUCCAUGUAUUUUGUUGUCCUCUUUUUGCUGUAUCCAGUAUUUUCUCCUAUAUGGGCAAUUUUUUUUCUUAUUCUGCAUUGAGACUUUGAACAGUAAAUACUUGUAUUAUACACUGAAGCACUAUAUCUGUAACUUCUUGGAUAUAAUGUAAAUUCCACAUCUGUGUCAAAAUAAUGAAGUGAAAACCAUUUGUGUAUUUAAUUAUGGGGAAUCCAUUCAGACUGCUUUUAUUGACUGGAUUCUUGACUGAUGAUUAGAAAAGUCACCAGCAUAUUCCUGUGCCUUCCGACCAUAAGAAAGCAAGACUACAGCAUAAUACAUGACUUUGGAAAUUGCCGUAGGGAAGCUGUUUUGUCACUUGGUGUUUCUUUUUCAAUUUAGGACUAUUUUCUGUUGCAGUAAAAAUGACUUUUUUGUUGUAAUAAUCAGUUAAAUAGUUCAGUUGUGUUGAUGAAGAAGCCACGAUUUCUCAACUAACUUUACACUUGUAAAAUCAAGAAUGUGAAUAAGUGUGUCUGCUUUGUGAUGUUUAUACAAAAAGACAUUGCAGAAUGGCUGUGAAUAUUGAACUCCUGCAUUGCUUUUAAUUCUGCUCAAUUUUAACUGUGACCAAGGGAUGUCGGUUACACUUAACUGAACAAAUGAACCAAACGCAAACUGCAUGAGUGUACUGUUUACCUACAGUGCAAUACAGUUUUUUUUUUCAUGUAAAGUUCGGAGAUUAUUAUAUUUCACUAGCUGGAAGUUUGUGUAUUCUUAAUAUAAAUCUAUAAUGUUUAUGUUUGCGCUGGUUAUGAAAGAUUUCAUGCAAAACACAAGUAGAUUAGACAUUCAAUAAUGUAAUUUUAAAUAGUUUCUGUGAACGGUGAAUUGAAACAAUAAAAGUAUUUCUGUGCCAUGGUA